CACGACAGAGGGACAAAAGAAUUCGGUUGCGGCCUCGUCGGUUGUAAGCAGAAGUCUGGAGUCGAUCUUCACGCUCAGUACAUCAUCCUUCUGUCCAGUCUCGAACAACGCUUUCCCCGUCUCCGAUUGAUCCAUUCAUCACGACCACUCCGUGCGGAAUUAUGAUAUACAUGAAAUGUGAAUGUUAGUAGUAGAAGUACAAGAAAGUAGAAUUUUUACCUUAUUUUUUUGUGUGGAUAUGGCUCC